GAAUACAAUAUGCGAACUUUCGAAAUUUGCGGUAAAGUUUUAACGUGAAAAUCAAUCAAACGUCUAAGUGACAUCUACGUAUAUACAGAUCACACUUAAGACAGAAAUAUGAAGUGUAAAAAUGGACACCCAGAGGCUCGAAUGCUGUGAAAAGACCUGUCAUCUUACAAGGUAGAAAUGUGAAAAGAUGUCCAUCAUAUCAUGGUGCUAUGAGUAUUUUCACAAAAACAACUAUGAAGGAUUUGGAAACAAGACAACCUGAAUGAAGAUGAAAAAACAGAUAAGAAUAUCAAAGUUCUUUGCUUCCAAACAAGGUAAAUUUUCCAAGCAUGCCAAAGUAGAAAGCAAGGAAUCUGAUGUGAUUAUCGUGGAUGAAGGUGAUGAGGACAGACAGCCAGUCUGUGCACAGAAGGAGGAUUUCCAAGCAAAGAAGAGACGUCUGGGGACUAAACAGAAUGACGAAGUGGAAUCACAGGUCAGGAAACGUGUGAAGUGUGAAGAAGGAGAAGGGGUGGAGCAUAAUGGAAGUUCAGAACCUCAGAGGUCAAACACUGUUCACCUAUCUGAGAAGACAAAGCUCAAACUGUCAACAUUCUUACUGGACUCGGGGAAGAUCGACACGAGCUGAAACCAUCAAGUAUAACUGUGGAUGACCUGAAAAGGUCAAGGUCUGAGCUCUCACAAAUGGGGACAUUGAUGAUGUGACAGGAGGAAAAUCUCAGGAUGAGGAGGAGGAGCCAGUGAGAAGCUCCGAUGAAGAACCAGGCCAAGUUGCAGUGAAUCGGCUGUCAUGUCAUCACAAUUUAGCAAACUAUAACCAAAACACAGUCUGAUGUUUUGGGAAAGUUCACUGCUGUCAGGACUAAGUCAGAGGAUGCGUAUGGUAAUACAGGGAAGGCAAACAGAAAAUCAAAGUGUAAAUACACUCCGCUGGAACAGCAGUUUGUGGCCAUCAAGGAUAAAUGCCCUGAUGCUGUGUUGUUUGUUGAGUGUGGGUACAAAUAUCGC